AUGGCGGCUUUUAAUAUUGCCCAUCUUCUGCUCCUAUUCUCCAUCACGAUCUCGCUCCGUGGGUGUGUUAAUGGGCAGACGGUGAUCCUUCUGGAUCCCAUCAAGAAUGGCCCUAUGGAAGCUGGUUUGAUCGUGGUCCCCGGAGCGGAGCUUAGAGGGGAGACCUACGAGCCUCUAGCCGCUCAGAUCCAGGAAGCAUCACCCCUCAAGCUCCAUGUGGCUCUUACCACCGACUAUCUCAACGAUACUCCUAACCCGGUCCAAGUGGGGAAUGCUAUUGAGCGUGCAAUCACCGAGCUCCGUAAUGCUAAUCUUCCUGACGAUGCUCCUAUCUUCGUGGCUGGACAUUCACUCGGAGGAACAUUUUUGCAAACAUGGGUUGAUAAUAACCCUACCCAAGUGGCCGGUAUGAUGCUUUGGGGUUCAUACCUGACGGGGGCAACAGGGGACCUAGGUGCCUACCCCACCCCCGUCAUGCAUCUGUGUGGGGAUCUAGAUGGUCAGGUCAGAAUCACCAGGAACGCUCGCACUUUCAGGGAGCUUGAAAGCUUGCUUGUGAAUGGACCAUCAAGUUUGAUCGCAACAAGACCCGUCGUGCUGAUAGAGGGCGUCAAUCAUUUUCAGUUUUCAUCAGGAGAGAAGCCGCCUCUUGUCGAAAAAGAGGAUUUACCUGCUGACGUCACAGCUGAGGAAGCAUACGUUCUUCUCGCUGAUCCCAUCAACUCUUUUAUGCAUUACAACAUGGAUUAUGAAACCAGUAACUCUAUGGAAAAUCUGAAUUCACACUACAUCGCCACACGAAACAAAUUAGCGCCCCUUACGGCCAUGAAGGACCUUGAAUGGGACGGUGCAACUUCCCCGUGGCUCAUUACAGCUCAGGAAAUGGUUGCUGGUUUCGAUCCCAGCCAAGCCUUACCCGUCGUCAUCACCAACGUCGGCUACGUCGACCAAACCGAGUUCGAAUCGUCGAAACCUUCGGUGGAUACCAGCGUGAUCGAGACCACGGCCAUGGUGUACUUCCCCAGGAAUGUAGCUGACCUGUCCGGCAUCAAGGAAUCGGCUUAUGAGAUAGCCGGGAAGAUGAAGAACCAGGGUGCCAUCCAGAGCGUCUUCCCAUCAGCUGGUUAUACAACCCCUGCCACCUGCAAGCAGAUCAACGAGGCGGCAUUCGACUACGCUUUCAGCAUGGCACCAAAUGUCGUAAAGCAGAGGUACAACGAACGAGGGUACAGCAUGGAGUUUAUGGAUGACAACGAGCUUCUAACGGGACAGGACUGGGUCGACAGCACUGUCGAAUUCACUACGCUACCCGAUGGUACACUACAGGUUGCAUCGGGUUCCCUGUACACUCACCCUAACUAUCCUAAUGAGAUAUACGCGGGCAUGCAGUACUGCAAGCUCAUGUCCCCUCACCGAGCAAUGGAGUGGAUUUAUGUCGACUCGCUCCGCUUGGUUCAAUAGAUUUUGAUUUCAAUUGAAUCCCGAUUCACACGAGGCGUUAUUACACUACUGCCAAUUACGUAAAACAAUUUAUUGAUCGAUAAUAUAAUUCAUGGGCAUGGAAUAAGCAGUGAACGUUAGAUGAUUGCCACAUAUUUCAACUUUUGGCUUUUAUCGAUAGUGAUGGCUACAUUGUUCAUAAAGUUAAACGUAGGUAAGGCAAGAUGUCUUGAGUGAAAAUGACUAGGUUUGAUUAUUACUGCUUAUUUAAGUAGUAAAACAGUUGUAACAUUAGUUGCAUGUCAUACAUACUAUAAAGGGAAUAAUACGAAAUUUCGUCUCUGCUGUUGUCUUAUUCUUAAGUGUCAAAUUAAAGAUUUUUGAACAAUUAAAAGACGUCUAGCGUUUGUGCCGAUACCAAAAAAAAAUGCAAUCGAUAUCAAUUAUUUUGCAGUCAAUAGCAAUAAAAUACGUGAAAAUCCCAAAUCUGUUUUGAUUCAUGCUUUAAUUUACUGUCAACAAAGUAAUACCGACUGAAGUGUAUUUUUGUUGUUGUGAUAUCUUAAAAUGUAUUUUUUUUUUGUCACACUUUGUUUCAUCACUGUUGUUGUCGUUGUUCACUUGCCGUUGUUUCGUGUGUGUGUUUUUUUUAUAGAUACACACCAAUAAAUCUUAAUCAUUGUUGAAUAGAG